AUGAAGGGAAACACAAAUUCAUCCAGUGUUACAAACUCUGCAGCAGGUGUUGAAGAUCUUAACAUCGUUCAAGUGACUGUUCCAGAUAAUGAGAAGGAAAGAUUAUCAAGCAUUGAAAAGAUUAAACAGCUAAGAGAACAAGUGAAUGACCUCUUUAGCCGAAAAUUUGGUGAAGCAAUUGGCGUGGAUUUCCCUGUGAAAGUUCCCUACAGGAAGAUCACAUUCAACCCUGGCUGUGUGGUGAUUGAUGGCAUGCCCCCGGGGGUGGUAUUCAAGGCCCCCGGCUACCUGGAAAUCAGUUCCAUGAGGAGGAUCUUGGAGGCAGCUGAGUUUAUCAAAUUCACAGUCAUCAGGCCGCUUCCAGGGCUUGAGCUCAGUAAUGUGGGAAAACGAAAGAUAGACCAAGAGGGCCGUGUGUUUCAAGAAAAGUGGGAGAGAGCGUAUUUCUUCGUGGAAGUACAGAAUAUUCCAACAUGUCUCAUAUGCAAACAAAGCAUGUCUGUGUCCAAAGAAUAUAACCUAAGACGCCACUAUCAAACCAACCACAGCAAGCACUACGACCAGUAUACGGAAAGAAUGCGUGACGAGAAGCUUCACGAGCUGAAAAAAGGGCUCAGAAAGUAUCUCUUAGGCUCGUCAGACACCGAGUGUCCUGAGCAAAAACAAGUGUUGGCAAACGCAAGUCCAACCCAGAAAUCCCCUGUGCAGCCUGUGGAGGACCUGGCUGGGAGCUUAUGGGAGAAGUUACGUGAAAAAAUCAGGUCUUUUGUGGCAUAUUCUAUCGCAAUCGAUGAGAUCACGGAUAUAAAUAAUACCACCCAGUUGGCCAUUUUCAUCCGCGGCGUCGAUGAGAACUUCGAUGUGUCCGAAGAACUUCUGGACACAGUGCCCAUGACGGGUACAAAAUCUGGAAACGAGAUCUUUUCGCGUGUUGAGAAGAGUCUGAAAAAGUUCUGUAUCGACUGGUCGAAAUUAGUAAGCGUGGCCUCCACUGGCACCCCGGCGAUGGUGGAUGCCAAUAACGGGCUUGUCACAAAACUGAAGAGCAGGGUGGCCACGUUCUGCAAGGGUGCGGAACUGAAGUCCCUCUGUUGUAUAAUUCAUCCGGAAUCACUCUGUGCUCAGAAGCUGAAGAUGGACCACGUCAUGGACGUGGUAGUGAACUCCGUGAACUGGAUAUGCUCCCGGGGACUGAACCACAGCGAGUUCACAACCUUGCUCUAUGAGCUGGACAGCCAAUAUGGUAGCCUCCUGUACUACACGGAGAUUAAGUGGCUCAGUCGCGGGCUGGUGCUAAAGAGAUUUUUCGAAUCGUUGGAAGAAAUCGACUCCUUCAUGUCGUCCAGGGGCAAACCCCUGCCUCAACUGAGCUCCAUAGAUUGGAUCCGAGACCUGGCCUUCUUGGUUGACAUGACGAUGCACCUGAACACUUUGAACAUCUCUCUCCAAGGGCACUCCCAAAUCGUCACGCAGAUGUAUGACUUGAUCCGGGCGUUCCUAGCAAAACUGUGCCUCUGGGAGACUCAUUUGGGGAGGAAUAAUCUGGCCCACUUUCCCACCCUGAAAUCGGUUUCCAGAAAUGAAAGCGAUGGCCUGAACUACAUUCCCAAAAUCGCGGAACUCAAGGCCGAAUUCCAGAAAAGGCUGUCCGAUUUCAAACUCUACGAAAGCGAACUGGCUGUGUUCAGCUCCCCGUUCUCCAUGAAGAUCGACAGUGUGCACGAGGAGCUCCAGAUGGAGGUGAUCGACCUGCAAUGCAACACGGUCCUGAAGACGAAAUACGACAAGGUGGGAAUACCAGAAUUCUACAAGUACCUCUGGGGCAGCUACCCGAAAUACAAGCACCACUGCGCAAAGGUUCUCUCCAUGUUCGGGAGCACCUACAUCUGCGAGCAGCUCUUCUCCAUUAUGAAACUGAGCAAAACAAAAUACUGCUCCCAGUUAAAGGAUUCCCAGUGGGACUCUGUACUGCACAUCGCAACGUGAUAGAGAGAAAACUCCUGGCAGGACCCUAUGGUGGGAAGGGCUGGAGUCUUCUAGGCCCAAAGGAGAUGACAAAAUGAAUUAUUUUUUUCUUUUUUGUGACGGCGUCUUGCUCUGUCGCCCAGGCUAGAGUGUAGUGGCGCAAUCU